UUUCUUUCGCGCUCGAUCGUCGACAGUGGUUCACAACGCUCUCCAUUGUCAAGGCGAACGCACGCAGAGCCCAGAGCAGCAUUGUAGACCCGACCCGUAGCAGCGCAGCACCGUGGCAGCAGCAAAGAAAACCCCUCGAAAAGAAACUUAUAUAACGACUGAUUAGCCCGACGUUUACUUUAGUUAUUCGGUCAACUCUCGACGGGCAGGUUCGCAGCGAUCGCGACCAACAAAAGCAAAUUCAAGCGGGACACUGGCCAGGAAGUUCAGUUCUUCAACAAGGAAUACCCCCAGAGUCAAGUGCAAUCCCAUCCAAUCCUAUAACCCUACAUAUGUGCAAUGUGUGUAAUCAACAAACAGUGAUCAUUUACAUACAUGAAUAAAACUUAUCAUAAAAGUGCAGCGUGACUCAGCAUUGAUCACCGAAAGAACGAGGAAGAACUCAACCGAACCGAACCGUACAGAACAGAAAGGAAAGGAUACUUUUUGGAAGAAUUCUGACACUCACGAGUCCAAGUUACAGUUGCAGUUGCAGUUGCAAGAUAUUCUUCCCGCAUCAAAUCACACACAGACAGCCCCGGACCGAGGAUUGUCGAUUACAACGAAGUGGAAGAAACGAGAACAAACAUUUAAGACAAAAUGUUUCUACGCCGCUGCACCUUUCUGCUGCUGCUCUGCCUAAUUGCGAGUGACGCCGCCAGUGCCGCACGCAAAACAAAACGUCCUGUCAAGCCGGUCAAGCAGACCGUACCACGUACCAAUGUGACGCCUUCGCCAGCGGCCAUCUCUGCCUCUGCAUCCGCCUCAUCCGUAGCCACCAGCAGCAGCAGCAACAGUGGCAGUAGCUCCACCACGGAAUCCAAUAGCGAGGUGGCGGCGGAGGCUGCCACAAUUGCAGCCGGCAGCAGCGGAGAGCUGCCCAAGCCCCUGGUGACGCCCAACGAGGCCCAACCCGAGGCCAAAACGGACAAAUCCCCGGCCCAGCUGCAGGAGGAGGAGUGUGAUCCAGAUAUGGUUGGCUUCGAGAUCAUUACCGGGUAUGUGCUAUCGGCACCCUCGAAAAUGCUGGACACUCUGCCGGGCACCCUGAUGCUCACGGACUGUUUGGAGGCCUGCCAGAGCAAUGAAUCCUGCAGCGCUGUCAACUACGAAACCGGCUUAUGUGUGCUGUUCAAGACCACGGCCGAUAAAUUGCCAGGUUCACUUUCGCGCUCGCAGUUUCCGGUUUUCACCAUCUACGCACAGAAAUCGUGUUUGGGCGUCCGUCCUUGCUCCAAGGCCUGGUGCAUCGAUCGCGUUCAAGGUUACCGCCUACCCGAACAUGUCAAGUCUAGUCAGACGGUUCUCUCGCGGCGCGACUGCCUGGAGCUCUGCCUCGGGGAAACCGAAUUCACAUGCCGCUCGGCCAACUACUACCGCCACUCGGGUCUGUGCGAACUGUCCGAUAUGGAUCGUAUUACCCUCUCGGCCGGCGGCAGCGUAGAGCCCUACGAUGGGGCCGACUAUCUGGAGAACAACUGCGCGGAGGAGCCCAGCAAACUUUGCGAGUUCAAGCGCAUCUCUGGCAAGAUUCUGAAGACUGUCGACUCUGUCUAUCAGGACAUCAAUACCAUUGACGAGUGCCGUGAUCUCUGCCUCAACUCCCCCUACAGAUGCCACUCUUAUGAUUAUAACGAUACUGGAGACAUGGUCUGUCGCCUGUCGCAUCACAGUCGCGCCACCCUGACCGACGUGAUGGAUCCCUAUCUGGAUGUGCCCGAGGCAGCCACCUACGAGCUCUCGGCCUGCUACAACGUGUCCAUUGAGUGCCGUUCCGGGGAGAUGAUCACCAAGAUUCGCACCUCCAAGAUCUUCGACGGCAAGGUCUAUGCCAAGGGAGCCCCCAAAUCCUGCGCUGUGAAUGUGAACAGCUCGCUGGAGUUUGAUUUCCGCAUGGGCUACAACGACCUCGAGUGCAAUGUCCGCCAGAGUGCCUAUGGGCGGUAUAUGAACGACAUUGUCAUCCAGCAUCACGACAUGAUCGUCACAUCCUCGGAUCUGGGACUGGCAGUGUCCUGCCAGUACGACUUGACCAACAAGACGGUGCUGAACGAUGUGGAUCUGGGUGUGACAGGUGAAAUUGAAUCGUCGCUGAGCGAAGAGAUCACCAUUGACUCGCCGAAUGUGAUCAUGAAGAUCACCUCACGGGACGGCAGCGACAUGAAGCGCAUCGCCGAGGUGGGCGAUCCCCUGGCCCUUCGCUUCGAGAUCGUCGAACAGAACAGCCCGUACGAGAUCUUCGUUAGGGAACUGGUGGCCAUGGAUGGUUCGGACAGUGCCGAGAUAACGCUGAUCGAUGCUAAUGGCUGCCCCACCGAUCAAUACAUCAUGGGCACCAUCCAGAAGCUGACGCACAACCGCAAGGUGCUCCUCUCCCAGUUCGAUGCCUUCAAGUUCCCCUCCAGCGAGGUGGUGCAGUUCCGCGCUCUGGUUACGCCCUGCAUACCGCGCUGUGAGCCCGUCAUUUGCGAUACCGAGGAUGGCGCCAGCGGUGAGCUCAAGUCUUUGGUCUCCUAUGGCCGCAAGAAGCGCUCAGUGCUCAAUGGCACCGAUGGUGCCGAGUUCAUGGUCAGCACACGCCACCGCCGGGAUGUGGGCCCCGUUGAUGAUAACAUACUGCUCGUGCAGUCCAUACAAAUCACAGACAAGUUCGGCUUCCAGCCAGAGGACGGCAGCAGCAGCACCACCACCACCACCACCAAUGGCAAUGGCAAUGACAGCGGAUCUGGUCCCCACGAGAAGGCAUAUGCGGGCGUUGCCCAGGACAAGCUCACUUGUCUUAAUGGCUAUGGACUGAUCAUGGCUGGAGCGCUCUUCCUGCUGGCCCAGUUGAGCAUCUUUGGCAUCUGGAAGACCGUCCAGCGGCGCACACACAAGGAGCGAUACCUGUACCAGCACGAGCCGACGCCCACCAUCACCUACGGGGCGCCCACCAUACUGUACGGACCCCCGCCGCCAUCCUCCGCCUCGUCGGCCGCCUCCCACAUGGGCCACAGCGCCAAGGACACGCUGAGCAAGCUCUACGACAGCGGCAUCAACGGACGCUACGGACAGCAGUACUAGACGGACGGACGGACGGACGAACGCAUGGACAACUCCAGGACACAGCUCUCACAUUUAGCUGGGAACAAACGCAAUAUGCCUCGAAAGCUUCAAAAGAUUCGAUGAGACUUGAAUAGACAAUAUUCGCCCAAGCCGCGACAAAUGCGAAAAUCAUUGGAAACCCUAGAUUAAUCCAAUCCUAGACUAAGGCUAAACUUACAACUUAAACAUAGAUCGAUGACCCCCCAUACAUAUUUUUUUUGUCUCUCAAGAAUGCGCGCUUUUAAAUGGCCUGGAAAUUGAAAAUGUUCCAGCAUUUUGAAUCUGCGCAUUGCCAAUCAAACGGAAAUUCUCCCCCAUGCAAAAUUCGAGUUACGAUUUAGUUAAA